CAUACACUCGGUACAGUACUUGCACCCUGUUGUCAGGGUCAAGGGGGUUUCUCCUGUGACUUGAGAAACUCUAUACGAGGUCUUGCCCCGCGGUAGCAGCUAUCAUGGCUAGGCUGUUGGCUCAGCCCUGCUCGUAUUCGCUAGGCCGAACCACACAUUGGAUGGUGGCCAGCAAGUCCACACCAAUAUACAUGCUCCAGGUAGAAUUAUUGGUGAUCGAUGGCGAUCCUUGAGAUUAGAAGCUUCAAGGCCGAAUUCAUAUGACAGCAAAUACGGCAUAGAAUGUCUGCCUUGUUUCUAGAAAUCGAUCCGGUUCGGCAAGGAGAAAUGGCUUGAACCAAAUAAAAGAAUGGUGCCCACUACCAGUCAAUGAGUGGCUACCACGUACAAACAUGAUUGUUACUGUCAUUGGGCACUGUAUUAAGGCUUGUAUUUGGUCUGAACCUCAAUAUGACUCCUUCCACUUUCCUAUCUCGGCCAUCUCGUUUUCGCUAAUAUGCUACAUUGGUAGUUCCUCCGAGGCAUGCGUUCGUAUAUAUACAAGCCUGUUUUCACAAGAUCAUUUUCAAUAAUUUAUAACAUGCUUGUUGUUUCUUAUUGCUUUUAAGCGUUGUCAAUCAUUUGUGAAUUAUAUCUCACUAUCCGAAUUUAUACACUCUCAUUAGCUAUAAGAAUGAUCGAGAAAAGGUCGCCUUACCAGGAGGGGAGUCUCUGGUACUAUGCACCUAAUAAAGGCGCACCGAUCGCUUUUGCGAUCCUGUUCACCAUGUCCGGUAUUAUACAUGGCUAUCAAUGCUUCAAAUACAAGUCAUGGAAAGUGACGGGACUACUUCCUUGGUCUGCUUUGCUGUUCACUCUAGGAUUCGUGAUGCGCACUAUUGGGGCCUUCGGGCACUGGGACAACCUGGGCGUUUUUAUCUCGAGCACUGUCUUCCUUUUAGCUGGGCCACCUGUCUAUGAGGGGGCUAACUUCUUCACUCUGGGCCGUAUCCUUUACUAUAUCCCGUAUCAUUCUCCAAUGCACCCAGGCCGUGUAUUCAGCACAUUUAUUGCCAUGGGUGUCGUGAUCGAGGUGAUAACCGCCAAUGGAGCAUCAUUGGUUGCUAACACAAGCAACCCCGAGAGUACACAGAACACAGGCAAGGCAUUGCUCAAAGCUGCCCUGAUUCUACAAAUCGCAUUGAUGGUAGGAUUUGUUGCUCUGGCUACCAAAUUUUACUACAACUGCCAUCGCGGCGGUGUUCUCAACAAAAAAGUUAAGAGGGCGCUUUAUGUGCUAUAUUGCAGUUGCACACUGAUCACCAUCCGUACCAUCUUUCGAACUGUCGAGUACUUCACAGCUGCAAGCCUGAAUACCAGCAAUAUCGAUAAAAUAAGCCCCAUAAUCAAGGAUGAAUGGUUCUUCUGGGUUUUCGAGACAGUCAUCAUGUUUUCCAACACUACGCUUCUCAAUGUCUUUCAUCCCAUGCGGUGGCUUCCACAAUCGAACAGAAUCUAUCUCGCAACGGAUGGCGUGACUGAGGUGGAGGGGCCAGGCUAUGAGGAUCCUCGGCAUUUCCUACUCACCUUGUUUGAUCCUUUUGAUAUAGUUGGUAUGAUCACAAAGAAGGGAAAGAAGGAGAAGUUUUGGGAAGUUGACCAUCAGCCAUCGGCUAGUGUUUGAGGUGUGAGGACGCGCUUGGUGGUUUAUGUUUUGUUUCAGUUUUGAUCCUCUUUGUUUUUCUAUAUCGCGCAAUAUAUACCAUUCUGUAUAGAGACUUAUUUAUAGUUAUGAACAUUAUAGAUAUGAGUAGUUCAAACACUACUUGGUAUAAUACAGUGAAUUUGGAGCCUUGUGGUAUA